AUGGAUAUUUAUUAACUAUUAAGUUUUGAUGGAUUCAACAACACUUUAGAGAUCAUUCUUAACAAAUUGGCAUGUUAAAAAUUGUAAUCAAUUCAAACCAAUCUAAAUAUAAUCUGCAUUAUUGGAUCUUAAAAAUCUGGAAAAAGUUGGUUGCUAAAUAAAUUGUUUAUGCAAGGUCAAGGUUUUCAAUCUAGUACUAAAGUAUUAAUCAUAAUAAACUUAAGGGGUUCUAUUAUACAUAUGAUGGUUAAUUGAUUAUUGAUACAGAAGGAUUAGGUUGUGGAGAUUAAAGAAAAGACAUUCAAAUUAUAUUACUAGCUUCUCUUUUAUCUAGUGUUGUAAUCUAUUGCGGUAAUUUCAUGAUUUAUUUCUUAGGUUAUUCAGUUGAAGAUUUUGAACUCAUGAUUAAUCUUGAAGAUUAUGAAGACUUUCUUCCACCUUUUAUAUGGGUUUUAAGAGAUAUUUAAAAUAAAGAAUAACUUCAACCUAAAGAAUUACUUGAAAGAUAAUUCAAAUCAUAAAAUAGAGUUAAAAAACAUUUACUUAAACUUUUCUCAGAUUGCGUUACUAUUCCAUCUUCUAGUGAAAGUAUAGAGUUUAUAGAUUCAAUGGCUUUAUUACGUAGAAAAGUUCUUAACUAUGCAAAACCUAAAAAAAUCUAUUAAAAUAUUUAUCUUAAUGGUCCACUUUUAGUUGAUAUGAUUUAAAUGGUUGUAGCUAAAUUUAAUAAUAAUCAACCUGUAGAUUUAAGAUAAGUCACAGAAACCAUUGUUGACAAAUAAUCUACAGUUUUACUCAAUGAAGCAUUUAAAAGAUAUGAAAUCUAAAUGAAUUAACUCAAAUUACCGACUUGUUCAUUUGAAGAAUUAAAAAAUCAUCAUAAAGAUUCUGAACUUAAAGCUUUAGAAUAUUUAAAAUCUAAAAUUAAUGAUAAAGACUUAAAUGAUGAUUUACAUUAAAUGUGUAAAGAAACAUUUAAAGAAAUAUGUAAAAGAAAUGAAUAAGAAGCAACUAAUUUAUGCAAUUAAUUUAUUACUUAAGAAUUUUAAACAUUAUAAAAACGAUUAUCAGAAUAUCGUAGUAUUUUAGAAUUUGAAAGAGAUAUUAAACUAUUUUAUUAAUUCUUAUUAGAACAUGGACCUAAAACUGUUUUAAAGUAAUAAAUUUAUUAAGAAUUUUAUAAUAAAAUGAUGACAGAAGGAACUAACAUGUUUAUCAAAUAAUAAAAUUUACAACAACAAUAAUAAUAAUAAUAAUAAUAACCUCUCUCUAUAAAAAAUGAAAAUAUCACUACAGAAAAAGAUAAAACUAUUAAUGAACUUAUUUGUAAAGUAAAAGAAUAAGAAAAUAAAAUUUAUUCUCAAUAAUCACAAAUCAAAUUAUUUGAAGAAUAAUUAUUUUCUUCAGAGAAAUAAUUAGAGAUUCUUCAAACUGAAUUAAUUAAAUAGAAAGAAUUACACUAAUAAUAAUUCAAAUAAUUUGAAAGAAAUCUUUAUCUUAAAGAAUCUGAAUUCAAUAAAAUGAAAGCAUUAAAUGAAUAAAAAAUUUAACAUCUAUCAAAAUAGUUAGAAUAGAGUUAGCGAAAAGAAACAUAAAUGGAUUCUUCAUUUCUAUCAACUAAGUCAGAAUAUACAAUUUAAAUUAGAGAUGUUUAAUCAAAAUAUGAGUAAAUGAUCACUUAAUUAUAAGAAAGACUUUUAGCAUAAACUGAUAAAACAUAAUAACUUUAAGACUAAUUAAAUACUCUUGAAUAAUAAAAUACUUAAGCUCAAUUUAAAUUGUAGAGUAAAGAAAAUAAGAUAUAUGAAUAUUAAUAAUAAAUCUAACUACUUAAGAAUUCUGUUGUGUAAUUGCCUUAAAUUGAUAAUUCAAACACUGAAGAAAAUGAAAAAUAAAUAGCUAGAUUAAAAGAGAUUAUAGAAUCCUAAGAAACAUAAAUAAAGGAAAAGACAUCUUAAUUGAUACUAUUAAAAUCAAAUUUAGAAAGAGAAUAAGCGUUAAUAGCAUAAGAGAAAUAAUUCUUAGAAAUUUAACUUAAAGACUUUUCUGAAUAAUUGAAACUUGAGAAGAAGAAUCAUGAAUAAACAUUAAGUUUAUUUGAGAGUUAAAAUGAUGUGAAUAAAAGUUAAGUAUUUUCAAAAUAAUAUAUGGAAAUGAAAGAUAUGCAUAUAAAUGAAAUGAAAUAAUUAGAAUAAGAGUUUGAAAUUUAAAGAAGAAAAAUGUAAUAAUAGAUAGAAUAUUUAAAUUCAGAAUUAAAUAAAAAUGAGAGCUAAUUAUUAUAUUAAUAAAAUGAUUUUACAAGAGAAAUAUAAUAAGCCAAGAAUUAGAUACUUAGUUAUGAAGAUAAUAUUUAAAGAUUGAAUAGAGAAUGUUUGUUAUUAGAAUAAUAAAAGACAAGAAUUUAAAGAGAAUUAGAGGAAAAGUUGAUUUUAAAAACAAAAAAUCAUUAAUAAGAAAUUGAGGAGUUGAAAAAAUAGAAUAUGAAUGAGUAUAGAUUAUUAUAAAAUAAAAAUGAAGAAUAAAUUUCAUAAUUAAGGUAAAUGUAUGAUUUAGAAAAACAAAAGAUUGAAUAAAAGUUUAUGGAAGAUAGAAAGAUUAUGGAAUAGAAAUAUAAUUAAAUGGUGGAAGAACUUGAAAAUUAAUUUGAUAAUAAUUAAGAUGAAGAAAUUCAGAAGCUUUAAAAAAAAUUGAAAUAAAAUGAUUUGUAAUUGUAAUAAUUAUAAUUCCAUUGGUAAAAUGAAAAUGAUUUAAAAUAAAAAUAGAUUUUAACUUUGGAAUAGGUAAAUAGUUCUUUGAAAAUAUCAAUUUAAUAAUUUUAGGAUGAUUAAUUGAAUUUAUAAAAGUAAAUAUAGGAUUUACAUUAAUUAAAUUAAGUUAAGGAAGAAGAACUUGGUAUUUUAAAAUAAUAAGGAUAAUAUGAAUCACUUAAUAAUAAUAAAUAAGACUAAAUUGAAAAAAUUAAAUAGAAUAAUACAUAAGAAAAACAGAAACUUACUGAAUAAAUAAUUGAAUUGAGAAAAUAAUUAGAUGAUGCCCAAGAUGAAAAUAUUAAGAUAAAAGUUGAAUAUGAAAAAUAAUUAGCAUUAAUAACUUAAGAAAAUGAAUUUAAUUUACAUAAAUUAGAAUAAUUAUAAGCUCAGGUACAAAAUUAUGAAUCUAAGAAUUUUACAUAAUUAAUUAAGAUUGAAAGCAAUGUUUCUUAGUUAACUCUUGAAACUGAUCUAAAAGAAUAAUAAUAAAAAUAUGAAAAACUAAGAUAAUAAUAUAAGGAAUAAGAGAUAAAUAAUAAUAAAAAUGUUGUUGAGUUAUAAUAAUAAAUAGAAUAAUUGAAAAUUUAGUUAGAAGAUGAANUGAGAGCUAAUUAUUAUAUUAAUAAAAUGAUUUUACAAGAGAAAUAUAAUAAGCCAAGAAUUAGAUACUUAGUUAUGAAGAUAAUAUUUAAAGAUUGAAUAGAGAAUGUUUGUUAUUAGAAUAAUAAAAGACAAGAAUUUAAAGAGAAUUAGAGGAAAAGUUGAUUUUAAAAACAAAAAAUCAUUAAUAAGAAAUUGAGGAGUUGAAAAAAUAGAAUAUGAAUGAGUAUAGAUUAUUAUAAAAUAAAAAUGAAGAAUAAAUUUCAUAAUUAAGGUAAAUGUAUGAUUUAGAAAAACAAAAGAUUGAAUAAAAGUUUAUGGAAGAUAGAAAGAUUAUGGAAUAGAAAUAUAAUUAAAUGGUGGAAGAACUUGAAAAUUAAUUUGAUAAUAAUUAAGAUGAAGAAAUUCAGAAGCUUUAAAAAAAAUUGAAAUAAAAUGAUUUGUAAUUGUAAUAAUUAUAAUUCCAUUGGUAAAAUGAAAAUGAUUUAAAAUAAAAAUAGAUUUUAACUUUGGAAUAGGUAAAUAGUUCUUUGAAAAUAUCAAUUUAAUAAUUUUAGGAUGAUUAAUUGAAUUUAUAAAAGUAAAUAUAGGAUUUACAUUAAUUAAAUUAAGUUAAGGAAGAAGAACUUGGUAUUUUAAAAUAAUAAGGAUAAUAUGAAUCACUUAAUAAUAAUAAAUAAGACUAAAUUGAAAAAAUUAAAUAGAAUAAUACAUAAGAAAAACAGAAACUUACUGAAUAAAUAAUUGAAUUGAGAAAAUAAUUAGAUGAUGCCCAAGAUGAAAAUAUUAAGAUAAAAGUUGAAUAUGAAAAAUAAUUAGCAUUAAUAACUUAAGAAAAUGAAUUUAAUUUACAUAAAUUAGAAUAAUUAUAAGCUCAGGUACAAAAUUAUGAAUCUAAGAAUUUUACAUAAUUAAUUAAGAUUGAAAGCAAUGUUUCUUAGUUAACUCUUGAAACUGAUCUAAAAGAAUAAUAAUAAAAAUAUGAAAAACUAAGAUAAUAAUAUAAGGAAUAAGAGAUAAAUAAUAAUAAAAAUGUUGUUGAGUUAUAAUAAUAAAUAGAAUAAUUGAAAAUUUAGUUAGAAGAUGAAUAAAAUAAUUAAAGGAAAAAAAGUGCUAAUAUACCUGUUUAAUAAAAUAUUAUUCAAUCAAACAAUUAAGUUGUCACUUAAUUAAAACAAGAGAAUGAAAAAUUGUAAAAUGAAAUAUCGGAAAUAAAAUCUUUACACGAAAGAGAUGCAUUAUUAUGGGAAGGUAAAUUUAAAUUCUUAUAAUAAUAAAAAGAUCAAUCAAAAUAAGAUUUAUAAGAGGCAAUGAAAAAGUUUGAAUUUACUAUAAAUCAUCUCUAAAAAGCAAGAUAAUAAGAUUUAGAAGAAGAGAGCAAUUCAAUUUCUGAAAUGUUAGUAACUUUAGAGAGAAAAUAUUAAUUAUAAGUUUUAGAUCUGACAGAACAUCAUUAAGCAAUUAUUAAUGAAUAUUCGAUGAAGAUUGAAUAAUUACAAAAAGAAUUAUCUUUAAAUAAUGUAUCAAAUUAGAAUUAUCAUAAUGGUAAAGGUGAUUUUAGUGAUAUUUCUUCACUUUAUGAAAAUUAAAUUGAAUAAAUAAAAUUAUAAUAUGAAACAAAAAUUGAAGAGUUAUAUUUAAAUCAUACUGAAGAAAGAUAAAUUUGGAGAGCUAAAUUAAGUGAAGUAGAGGAGAAAUUGAAAGAAGCUGAAAUUAGAAGAUCAAAUAUGGUAUUUGAACAUGAAAAAGAAAGAGCAAAAUGGAAUAUUGAAAAAGAUGAAUUGAAAUAUUAAAAGAGUGAACUCUAAGAAUAAUGCUCAAAUUUAGAAUAAUAAAAGAAUAAAUCAGAUAAAAAAAAUAAUAAAAAAGUUGGUACUAUAAGAACUAGAUUAAGUCCAAAUAAAUCUCCUGGUAUUAUUUUAUUAAUAUAAUAGGAACAUUUUCAAAUGCUUCUAAAUUAGGACAAUCUUUUGAUACUUUCUAAUAAGCAAGUAUGGAACUUCCAGAAGAAAAUAAAUCGAUUCAUUUGAAUCCUGGAGAAUCAUUCGAAGCUUAUUAUUUAGCAUAAAAAAAGUAUGAUUGA